AUGGUUGAAGAUCACAACACACAGCCGCAGGACGACAUGAAGGACACCUCCAUGGCGAUCCUGCGCGGCAAGAAGUCCCCCAACCGUCUCUUUGUGGAAGAGGCGACGACGGACGACAACUCGGUCGCGUGCCUGUCGCCUGCCAAGAUGGAGGAGCUUGGUCUGUUCCGUGGUGACACGAUCCUUAUCCGUGGCAAGAAGCGCCGCGAUACUGUGCUGAUUGUGCUUACGGACGACGAGACGGAAGAUUCCAAGAUCCGUCUGAACCGUGUCGCGCGGAACAACCUCCGUGUGAAGCUCGGUGACCUGGUGAACGUGCAUGCGUGCAACGACAUCAAGUACGGCAAGCGGAUCCAUGUGCUUCCCUUUGACGACAGUGUCGAGGGUCUGCAAGGUAACCUCUUUGACGUGUACCUCAAGCCAUACUUCCUCGAGGCCUACCGUCCCGUGCGCAAGGGCGACACCUUUAUCGUGCGUGGUGGCAUGCGUGCCGUCGAGUUCAAGGUGAUUGAGACGGACCCUGCCGAGUUUUGUAUCGUGGCUCAGGACACGGUGAUCCACACUGAAGGCGAGCCCGUGAAGCGCGAGGACGAGGAGGCAAACCUUGCCGACGUUGGCUACGACGACAUUGGUGGCUGCCGCAAGCAGAUGGCUCAGAUCCGUGAGAUGGUCGAGCUCCCGCUGCGUCACCCCCAGCUGUUCAAGAGCAUUGGUAUCAAGCCUCCCCGUGGUGUGCUCAUGUUCGGUCCGCCUGGUACCGGUAAGACGCUCAUGGCGCGUGCUGUGGCGAACGAGACGGGUGCCUUUUUCUUCCUGAUCAACGGUCCCGAGAUCAUGAGCAAGAUGGCCGGUGAGUCGGAGUCAAACCUGCGCAAGGCCUUUGAGGAGGCCGAGAAGAACUCGCCUGCGAUCAUCUUUAUCGACGAGAUCGACUCGAUUGCGCCGAAGCGUGAAAAGACGAACGGUGAGGUCGAGCGCCGUGUCGUGUCGCAGCUGCUUACGCUCAUGGACGGCCUCAAGGCGCGCUCCAACAUUGUCGUGAUGGCCGCGACGAACCGCCCCAACUCGAUCGACCCUGCGCUGCGCCGCUUUGGCCGCUUUGACCGCGAGGUGGACAUUGGUAUCCCCGACCCUACUGGCCGUCUCGAGAUCCUCCGGAUCCACACCAAGAACAUGAAGCUCGCCGAGGAUGUCGACCUCGAGCAGAUUGCUGCGGAGACGCACGGCUACGUCGGUUCGGACGUGGCCUCGCUCUGCUCGGAGGCUGCCAUGCAGCAGAUCCGUGAAAAGAUGGACCUGAUCGACCUCGACGAGGACUCGAUCGACGCCGAGGUUCUCGACUCGCUCGGCGUUACGAUGGAAAACUUCCGCUUCGCGCUCGGCGUGUCGAACCCCUCGGCGCUGCGCGAGACGGUGGUCGAGGUGCCGACCACGACGUGGGCCGACAUUGGUGGCCUCGACAAGGUCAAGCAGGAGCUGCAAGAGACCGUGUCGUACCCCGUGGAGCACCCCGAAAAGUUCCUCAAGUACGGCAUGAACCCCUCCAAGGGUGUUUUGUUCUAUGGUCCCCCGGGUACUGGUAAGACGCUUUUGGCCAAGGCCAUUGCGCACGAGUGCCAGGCCAACUUUAUCUCGAUCAAGGGCCCUGAGCUGCUCACCAUGUGGUUCGGUGAGUCGGAGGCCAACGUGCGCGACGUCUUUGACAAGGCGCGCGCCGCUGCGCCUUGUGUCAUGUUCUUUGACGAGCUCGACUCGAUCGCCAAGUCGCGCGGCGGCUCGUCGGGUGACGCGGGCGGCGCGGGCGACCGUGUGAUUAACCAGAUCCUGACCGAGAUGGACGGUAUGAACGCCAAGAAGAACGUCUUUGUCAUUGGCGCGACCAACCGCCCCGAGCAGAUCGACCCUGCGAUCCUACGCCCGGGCCGUCUCGACCAGCUGAUCUACAUUCCCCUCCCGAACGAGGCCUCGCGCCUCGAUAUCCUGCGUGCGACGCUCAAGAACUCGCCCGUUGCGUCGAGCGUCGACCUCAACUUCCUCGCGAAGCACACGCACGGUUUCUCGGGUGCCGACCUCGCCGAGGUGUGCCAGCGUGCCGCCAAGCUCGCGAUCCGCGAGUCGAUCGAGGCGGACAUGCGCCGCGAGAACGAGCGCAAGGCGCGCGGUGAGGACGUCAAGAUGGAGGAGGACGUCUCGCAGCUCGUCGACGACGACCCCGUGCCGGAGAUCACCAUUGCCCACUUUGAGGAGGCAAUGAAGUUUGCGCGCCGCUCCGUCUCAGACGCCGACAUCCGGCGCUACGAGAUGUUUGCCUCGACUCUCCAGCAGAGCCGCGGCAACUUUGGCAGCAGCAGCUUCAAGUUCCCCGAGGGCGGUAUCGACGACUCGAACCAGGGUGGCAGCGCGCCGAGCGGCGACGCGGCGCCGGCUGCACCGGCCGCUUUCGGCAACGACGAGGCGGACGACGACCUGUAUGCCUAA